AAAAAAAGUCCAGUACAAACGAGGAAUGAUAACGCUAGUCUAGAACAAAAAUAGAAAAACCCCGGAGUUCAAGUCACGGUUGAAGACUUCGUGCCUUUCAUGGGCACAGGCGAAUCUAAAUUUUUGGGAGGUGUUGCCUCUGUAAAGGGCGUGGAGGGAUUUAAUCCCGAGUCAGCAAAGAAGAGAUUCUUUGAGAUAUAUCUGGAUAAGUAUGCAAAGCCAAAUUCUGGCAUAGGCUUCCCUGGUGCAUACGAACUUGUAGUGCAGAUAUACCUGCAACGAAAGCAUUUUAAUGCUCAUUUUCACAAAUUUUAUUUGCUGUUGAAUGUUACUGCUACUGAAUAACUGUGUAAAA